AUGGCUCUCUUUGAGACCACCAUCAUCGAUCAAGGCACAAAACCUGAAACACAAUUUUCGGAUUAUCUGUUAAAGGACAAAUUUUUCCUAACAGCUUUAGAAUUCCACUAUGAACUUCUCGAACGUGGGAUUUCAUGUGAUACAUUGGAAGAGUUCUUUUCGAAUCCUGAAAAUUUUUAUCGGUUUGACUCGAAUCGAUCCGAAGUCAUAUCAACAAGCAAAGCCACGGAACCUUUGAACUCGUCCACGCCGUCAAAUGGUGAAUGCUAUGAUUCCAAGGAUUCCGGGCCGGCUUCCAACACGGAAAUCCGUGCCCUUCGUUUUCUGAUUAACGAACAUCUGCUGAACAAUGGAUAUAAGUUGAGCGCUGUUCAAUUCGCUGAAGAAUGCGAAGUUGAAGAUCAACAGGAUUUAGACGACUGGGAUGAUGUAGGCCUCACCUGUAAUCGUCCCCCGAAUCUUCUCAUGCUUCUGCGCUCUUCCUGGAUGCUUCCGUGCCACAAACCGUUACGUAGUGGGAGCUCCACUCCACAUUCUGCAAGGCCCCAGGCCACUGUUGUUAACGCCACUGCUGAAUUUACGGACGAGGCCGUCCAAACGGAACUCUCUGCUGGAAUCCUCGACGAAGAACUAGAAACCAACAAGACUGCGCUCAGUGCGCUGCGGUGUAACUUUGAGGCUACCAAAGCGGAGCUAGAAGUCUCGCGGCAACAAAUUGGCGAUUUGCGUGGAAAAGUGAUGCGUAUAGAGGCGGAAAACGUCAGUCUUGCGCAGGAAUCCACCUACUGGAGAAACCAACUUCUUUGCCUUAAACGAGAUUAUCCCGAUUUGGUGGGGACAACGGUGGUGAAGGCAAGCAAAAACGCCGCCCCUGCCCAAUCUCUUUCUAAUGGGUAUGUUGAAUUGGGGACCGAGGAUGCCGAUUCAGCGGAAAAAUCGAGUGAGAAUGGUCAUAUAAAGACCUCUUCACCGGUACCAUCCCCACCGUGUGCGGAUCCACUAGCCUCGAAGGUGACGGCACCACUUCCCAAGUUGGUCAUCAAUAAUCCGCAGUUCAUCAGACGAUGCGCUCCCGAGUUUGUUUGUUGCGCCUCAGAACUCUUGCCGCCGGUGGAGACUGAGGAAGUUCCUCUGGAGGUCUCUCGACUAGCUGACACCUUGGAUGAAAUAAUAGUCGCCAUUGGCUCUCAAAUUCAGAGCAUUCUCAAACACCUCCCGGAUGAUAGGAAGACUGCCAUUUGCCUGCACCCAGAUGCCGAAGUUCGCGACCAGCUUUUGCGAACCCUCUUUAACCUUUUUACCGAUUCGCCUGAGGCUGACACCAAGGAGGUGGAAAUAAAACGGGCUGGCACCAUUCUUCAUCAGUGCCGUGAUUUGGCCACAUGCUUGGGUCCUCAGCGGAUAGAGAGUGAACUGUUGCCCCAAAUCUGGUCCCAGUUAAACGAGCGACCCUCAAAUAGCCUUCGAAAACUCCUCAUCUCCGCUUGUGGUGUCAUAGCGCCCGCCACUCCCUCGCGAUUGCGCUCCUCACUACUCCUCUCGAUCCUCCUCCAAUCCAUUGAGGAAGAAAAGGCGGAGGAGGUGCGCGCAGUUGCGCUGCGCUCAUUGGCGGCAGUGGUGGCGCUGAUGGAGGACCGAGAUAAGGUGCCCCAGCUAGUGACCACCUUUGACACGGUCUUUCGAGCCGAUUGGACCCAUUCACCUCCAGCCACCACCGCUCUGCCCUGCCCCCAUGUCGUCACAUACGGGUGCUUACCCUGUUUAGUGAGCAGGUGUAGCAUGGGUACCUGUCCCAGCGUUAUUACCGCUUCCUGCAACUGGCUUCUACCCACUGUCGCUCAGUGGUGUCUGGAAGUGGGUUCCUUCAACGAUCUCCUCCUCAAGCCAUGGCUUCAGCGACUCAUGAAUCUAUGCUUCACCCUAGAUGUAUCGAAGUCAAGGCCGAAGAGUGGCAGCGUCUUGGCGGCUCCGAGGCGACUAAAGGCAGCCUUUUCAACAGACGAGCUCUUCUGCAUCAUGACAGUUCUCAAUCGCCUGGUCCCCUUCGUGUUCGUCUCCGUCCUCGAGAGCUUGACAUUACUUCGACCCGAUACCGAAGACUGUGAUGACCUGGUCCUGGAUGAUGUCGUCGAAGACGUCAAAAAGGCAGAGGGGGAAGAUUUGGAGGAGAAUGGAAGUACAGGGAUAGCUAACAGUAACACUGUCGACGAGAGACGAUCUUCUGUCGAUUUGGAUCAAUGUGUGUACCUCUUCGUACCUCAGUACAUUUUGGGCAAGAGGCGCUACGAGCAGCUGCUGGAGUGUUUCAACCACAUUUUGAGUGGCUCGAAGAUAAUAUGUGGGGAAGCGGAACAGCAGAAGCAGUCGGCUUCAGAAGACGCUGAGAAUGAGACAUCGGCAACAACAAUGGACAUAGUUUCGAUGUCCACAGGUAGGGAGGGUGACGAGUGGCCAGCGAUGGACGCAGUUCGGCAACAUCUCUUUUGCGUCGCCCAGAUGCUGCGAACUAUCACACCUUGUCCCAAUACCUCUUCUACAACUGCUGUGACGAAGGCUGUGGAAACCACGGAGGGGCAUGAAUACCUUGAACAGGAUCCCAUCUCACCACAGGAAUUCCUUGCCUUGAUGCAGAUGCAAUUUGAAGACACCUACUGGACUCCAUGGCACUUGCAACCUACUUCAAGUAUUCUCACACUAUGCAAGGAGCUUUGUUUAUAUGUCUCCCUUUUUGGCAAAGCAUUUGGAGCAGCUGCGGUGCAAAGCCACCUCGGAGAACCUUUCCACACGCUCCUCAUGGAACGCAGUGUACAGGGAUAUUUUGAGUUCGAUCUGAAGGCUCUUCCGUCGGGAGCUUUCGCUGGUUAUUGCUGCUUGCUAGCGUCGACCAAGUUUAAGUCAGAACUUAAUAAGGUGAAAAUGCUAAUAGCAAAUGCAAUAUUCCUCCACUCCCGUGAUUCCUGCUCCCUCCACGGUGUACGUGCUGGAAUAAUGACUCUCUGUCACAGCGAGGAUGCCAUGAUGAUCGCAGAUGCGGUCCUGCUUCCCGCACUACGCUCCUGUGCUUCCUGCGCGGAUCCGGCGGUGCGUCGAACCGCCAGUAACAUCUUCUACACCCUCAUUGCCUACCUCUCCGAUGCUGUAGACUUUGACUCGGCUGCUGCAGCCACGUCCAAGAAACUCACACCCACUCCUGCGAAACAGCACAAUCGCCAGUCUUCAUGGGUUCCGGCGACUCCAAGCCUCUUGGAGGAGUGCUGGCAACUAGUGAGCCAAUUGGCACGGGAUGACUAUGCGUCCGUCGGUACGGCAGCCUUCCCUGAAUCAAACUCCACUGGGGCCACAGAGAUUCCCCCAUUAGACGAGCAUUCCGCUGAUUGGUCGUGCAUCUCGGUGGCUCUGGGACCCCUCUUCUGCCUUUACAGCCGCAUGCUUCGAUCCAGUCCUUACGUCACUGACAUGGAUCUCAUGCAACGGCGUAAUCUCUCGGAAAAUAGCAGAAUUGCAGAACAGGCACUGGGGCUGAUAGGCAGACUGAUGUCCAUGGUCAGUGCAGAAGGCCAAUCUCCGCUGGACCCCUCCGCCGUCCAAUUCCUAGUCCAGCGGCAAAAUUGGGAGACCCUUGUCAGUGGCCUUCUUCAAGUCGCCAACCGACUUUUCCUCACUUGUCCCGAGGAAUUCCGCGACACAAGAAUUCUUCCCUGGCUCUAUCGCCUCACCGAGAUCAACAAUAUGAUUCCUGAUCUGGAAAAACGAACACGGCUUGGACAGCGUUUGGUUGGCGUCUUCUCGACUGCUGCAUUCUGUCUAGGUACGGAGGCUGUAAUGAUGACUUGGGUGAUGCCUGGUUUGGAUCGGUUGCGACUGGACUUUGUAGAAGCCGGUGAAAAGGGGUCCGCUGAGGGGCUGGAACAGCUUUCUUCCGACCUCCGCCAACGCCUAGCCAACUACACCAGUCCUUCGCCGGUGCAACCGAUUGCAGCGGAUACAACAAAGAACAGUCUGCGACAGAAGUUUGCAAAUCUCCUAAACUCAGCCUCCGACUCCCCAAUCACUCAUGGCAAAAAGUUUCCCUUUGUCAAGCAUUCAUGA